AUGGAUUCAUUGAAAAUAUUGGUAAAAAUUGACAAAAGUUCAUAUGCUGCUAUUUUUAUCAUAUUAUUAGGUAUAUCAAUAGAUACUUUAUUACUAUCUAGGCCUAAGAAAAGAUUGAGUACUUGAGUCUCUGUAAUUGGGGACAUAAAAAACUAGGUACUGCUGCAUUACUAAUGUAACUUAUUGGUUGAAGGUUAGAAGUCAUGAUUGAAUUUGCAAGAUUUGGGCCUACAUUAACAAAAUAUUGAUUGAGCUGAUUGACAAUAUCUUGUUUAGCUGUAUAUAUCUUAUUAUUGAUUGUAAUUUUUGUGGGAUGUAUUUGUCCUUUUGUUUUACGUUUAAUAAUUGACCCAAUUAGUUUCCAAGUAGCUUUCAAAUUAUUUUUACACUUUGCAAAUUGUGUGUUAUAGUAACCUGAGUAUCAGGCCCUCCUCGAGUUUGGGCAUAUGUAGGAAGAGGGCCUGACACGAAUCACGGAUUUUCUCAUGUUCAACAUCCAGAAUCUGGAUGUUACGUUGAUUGGCCAAAAGACAAUAGAGCUCAUCACGUGAUUCACACAGGAAGUCAAGCGGCAAACGCAGGAAGUAGAUGCCGUGUUGAAUUUCACGUAGGCAUUUUAAUAUCUAUCUCUCCUCUGUGGUUUUAUGAAAUUUAUUUUAAAGUUGCUGUAAAAUUAGUAAAAAUAUGAACGAUAUGGAGUUUGAAAAUUCUCUUGCAGAAUCUAUGAAGUUUUUUCCCGGUUUAAAGCUAAAACACGAACAAAAAAUGUGUCUAAAAAGCAUCGCUGUAGAACGCAAUGAUGUAUUGGGAAUUUUACCUACUGGAUUCGGCAAAAGCCUCAUUUAUCAGUUAUUACCGAAGGUGUUUGCCAGCUACUGGUUUGCCAAAACUGGCGAGAGGAAGACGUGCAACGUUAUUGUAGUCAGCCCGCUUGAACUAAUCCGUAAACAACAAGCCGAAAGGCUGAAAUUAAGGGGGAUAUCUGCUGCAACGCUCGAAGAACUCGACAGUUCUGACAACCACGAGGACAAAGAGAUCCUGUUUGGAAGUGCCGAAUGUUGGCUCUCAGAUUCUUGGAGAAAGCAGCUGACAUCUGGUUCCCUAAGUGGUGCCGAAUUUCUAGUUGUUGACGAAGUCCACAACAUAGAUACCUGGUAAGAGACAUUUCUCACUUUUUAUCCUGUCUAAUUAGCUAAAUAUAUAAAUAAUACAUUUACUGUGCUAAAUAAUCCUUUGAUAGAUUGUAAAUGGGUUUCACUACAGUAUAAGUCUUUAUAUGAGAUAUGGUUGUCAGCUUUAACAUUAUAUGGAUACUUAUAUAUAAAUAUAAUUUUACAAUUACUGUAAAGUUAUAAACCAGCAAGGGCCAGUUGUUCAAAGCUGGUUAAUUUAACCAUUAAUUAACUUAAAUUAUUCAAAGGAAAUUUCCCAACAGCUUGUUUAUAUAUUUUGAAAUUGUUCUUCAGAAAUCUUGUCUGUAUCGGUAGGAGUUUUCUUCCCUGAAAUUUGGAAAUAAACAUACGUGCAGAAAUAUAUAUUAAACUAAAACAGGGGCCGGUUGUUCAAAGGUGGUCCUGGGUUAAUUAAAAUUUAACCUGCUAUCUAAUUUAAUUAGUUUAUGUAUUUCUGCACAUCUGUUUAUUUCAAAACUUCAUAGAAGAAAAGUCCUAUCAAUCCAGACAAGAUUUUAUUAAGAAAUAUUUCAAAAUAUAUAAAAAAGCUGAGUGGCUUAAGUUAACUGACCUUUGAACAACCGGCCCCAGUAGGUUAGAUUUUAACCCAGGGUUACUGUUAAUCCUGCUUCGAACUACUGGCCCCAAGUGCUGAAGACCACUUAUACUUAGUGAAACUAACCCAUACAUGAUUGUUGUUAUAGUGUAUAGUGUUCAUUUUUAUUUGUUAUUAUUAGUUAAUUAAUUAAUGUUUUUUUGCAGGGGAACAGGCAAGAAAAGCUGCAUUCCGCCAAGCUUUUGGUAAUGUGAAGGACUUGAGAUCAUUUGUAGGAAGUAAACCUAUGCUUGCCCUUUCUGCUACUGCUGACAAGUCAAUGCGACAACAACUAUGCAAACUUCUCGGUUUCAAAGGCCACAAGGAACUUGUUAUUAGUCCAAAUAAGGAAAAUAUCCGUUUCUCUGUUAUGGAAUGUGACAAGACGUUUAACUGUUUCAAUUGGUUGGUGGACAUGCUCAAAGAAAAGAAAGCGGAUGCUCCACAUACUAUUAUAUUUUGUCACACGGUCAAUGAUAUUGUACUUGUUUUGAGCACUCUGUUCAUGAAGCUUGGCAAUGAUGCUUAUUUGGAAGGGACAGAUCCAGUGUCUGAUCGUUGCAUUCUUGCUGUUUACUAUUCGGCAACACCAGACUCUGAAAAAAAUAGUCACCAACUUGUUUACUGUGAGUGGUAA